AUGAAUUAAUUAGCAGGGAGCCAAAAUAUUUUGAAUGAACAGUAGUAAUUACAUUUUGAAUAACAUGAAGAAAUGCAUAAAUAAAAACUACUUAUCUAACCUUUAUCACCAUCUAAUAAGGAAAAUAGAUAAGAACAAUUUGGGUUGUAAAAGUAAUAGUUUCUCUAAAAAUCGAAUUAUGAUAUUUACAGGCAAUUGAAAAAUGUAAGAUUCAUCAAUAAAUUAUAGGAAUAUAGUGAAUUAAAAAAUAUAAUCAAUGUGAACAAAUAGUAAGUGAAUUUUGGUCUCGUUUUACCUGGAAAUAUAUGUGAAGAUGAUAUUUAAUUCUAAAACAUCUCAAAUGAAACAAUUAUUAUUGGAAUUUAAGUUGUAUGCAAUAACACAGAAUUUGAUGAUUUAGAUGAAUAUGUCUACUCGGCUAGAAAGCUUAAUGGAUAUGAUUAUAAAGAUCGUUUUAUGCUUGCUUGUCCUGCAUAAAAACAAUUUAAUAUGAAAGUAGCUUUGAAAGUUCCAAAUAUAAAAGAUUAAAAAGGAUUAUUUGGAACAAUUAUAAUAACUGCUAUAAAUUCGAAUCAAUAAAAAAUCUAAGGCUAAAUUAACACUAAUAUACAAAGUUAGGUAUUACUGCCUUUAAUUGAAUGUUCAAAAAGAUUGAUGAAUAGUAAUUUAAAUAAAUUCAUUAAUAGAUUUUUAUAAAGUGCCAAUAAUAUAAAUGGCCCUUAAAUUAGGUAAGAAAUUGGAUUGCAAAAUUUAAUUUCGAAACAAUAGUCGAAUUGGCUUACCUUUAGAAUUAGAAAUUUUAAAUAAAAAUAAUUGUGAAAUAAUAGUUAAUCCUUAAUAACUUUCAGUUCAAAGCAAUUCCUAAUUUUUAGUUACAAUGCAAGUAAAAAAUUAACAAGUAUAAUUAAUUAAAAAUGUGCUCAUAAUUAAAGUUAAGAAUUCAAAUGUUCACUUUAGUUAUCCAUUCAUUAUCUAAGUAUAUUGA